GGGCUGCCCCGCGCCGUGCAGGCCCAUAGAGCGAGGCACGGCUCGACGCGACGACCGCGAGGCCACCUCCAACAAAAGCAGCAGUCGCCUCGGCGCCGCCGCGCACCUCUUGCGACGACGCACCAGGGCAGCCCCCUCGAACGAUGUCGAGCCUGGACAACGGCCUGCCGCGCUUCGACCGCUUGGACCUGUCGCCGACCAAAUGGGAGCCCGACGCAGCCGUAGCUCGACACCCAACACCGACCAAGCCCGUGAUCAGCAAACCGUCUCGCAAGAUCCCGCUCCGCGUCCCGUCGAAGAAUUUAAGAGAUGUGGACUUGGACGGCAUCAUAGCCCCACACAACGUCGGCGAGGCGCCGACGCCGCGCGUGGUAAUCGACGAGAAGAAGACGUUCACGAAGCCCUACCAAGGUUUUGAGUCUGCUGUGGACGAGGUACUAGUUAUAGCAAAUGAUUCUACUGAGGAAGCGGAGCUGUGGCUAAGCAGAGACGACAACGACCAAGCACUGAAAGUGUUAUACUUACAACCGCGUUCCCGCAAGCGCGUCAAGCUGCGCUCUGGGCAGAUGGACGACGAGUCAGAUGCACCGGGGGAUUUUACCGUUGCUUUAACGACGGCUUCUUCGGUGUACGGGGACUCGGACUCGGACUCGGAGUACGAUAGGCCGCCGUCGCCACCCCCGAAGAAGGAGGAGCCGCGCGCGCGCUUCUCUACCUCAAGUCCGAUGGGCCUCGAGCUCGAGGGCAAGAAGGACGGUUCUAUCGUAGUACAUAAAGUACAUACAAAGUCACAAGCAGCUUCAUAUGAAUGGAUGCGCGCGGGGUUGAGAUUGAUAGGCUUCGAGGAUUUGGAUGAGUUCCAGGACGCCUACUUUGAAGCUAGGGACAACGGCGAGGACGUCGAGCUGCUGUUCGAAGAGGAACCUGAGAACCCUACCGCAACGUUCCUCACGGGCACAAAUGACGUCGUCGCGGCGCGCGUGCCGCCCGCGAGGCCGGUCCGGGCGCCGGACAACUUGGGAAAGGCGUUACAAGCGCCGCCGGACGAAGUAUCACGGGCGUGCGCGGUUUGUAUCCGCAACGCGACCGGACGGCGUUUGAACUUGUAUGCGGGAACGAGCGGCGGCACUUUGAAAAGACGCGCGUCCAUAGAAGCCCACGACGCGACGCUCCAACACGCGACAACGGCGGAGCUGUGGCUCGCUGCUUUUGAAGGAUCAGACGGCAAUGAUCCCGCUCUGACGCUGCGCGUGGGCCCGCGGGCCGUGUUCAACGUGGUGAGGAGCUACUCGCUCGUGUGGCGGGCGUCCGCUUCUUCAUUAUCUUUUGUGCCCCGCGCGACGGCCAUACAAGUACCGGCGCGCAAGUUCCGGCGGGACUACGCGUCCGAGCGUGCCCAAAUGCACCUGCGGGCCAUGGACGAAGUUCGGGCUGCCCGCGCGAGUGGCGAGGGCCACGCGAACUGCGUCGUGACCGUGCUCGAGUAGCUUUCUUAUCUAAACGCCGGCGGCGCGGCAGUAACAUAUGAGUGU